GCUCUGAGCUCCACUACUAUCCCAAGUCUGUCAUGUAACAGACUUUUUUCAUCAGAGAAAGCAGCAUUUCAUCAAAAAUUAGUUUGUUCAAGUUUCACAACUCUAAAUCAUGCUGGGAAAGAAGUUGGUGACUGCACAAAAGCGAGGGGAGACAAGAGCCCUCUGCCUGGGACUGGGAAUGGUUGCAUGCUCCAUGAUGAUGUACUUUUUUAUUGGGAUCACCAUUGUGCCAUUUUACACAAAGAGUGUUUGGACAACAGAAACUGUGUGCAAGGUACUCAAAGCCAACAUCAAGGACAAAGUUUUCUGCCCAAACAGAAAAGGCUCAGAGGAUGAGGAAAUCUUUCCUUAUCCCUGUCUACAGGUGUGGGUUAAUCUGACAGCCUCAGGACAGGAGGUUAUGCUCUACCAGACUGAAGAUACACUGGAAAGAAAUCCUAAGUGCUCAUAUGUCCCAGACAAGUUGGAGAACUCUAAAGAAGUUAAAGCACGAAUAGAAACAAUUGCAAGCAAUUUCAAAAAAUACCAGACUUUCCCGUGUUACUAUGACCCAGGAGGAACACAGACCAACGUCAUUUUAAGCAGGCUUUAUCCCGCAAAAGGUCUCCUCUUUGCUUUCCUCUGGCCUACACUCAUGUUUACUGGUGGAUGUCUGAUUAUUGUUCUGGUAAAAAUUAGUCAGUAUGUUUCUGUUCUUUCUGCUUGGCAGUAAAAAAUACAUAUCUAGCAUAGAUUGUUGAGAUUGUUGGAAGAUAUUAAGACACAUUUGUUCUGCCUGUCUUACUGGCAUUUUAUGACUCUUAAUAUACCAGGUGUCAAUUCAAGGGCAGGCAUUUAAAAAAAUUGAACAGCAACCUCUGUAGAUGGCAAUCCAUUACACAAGGACAAAAUAUAAAACUGAUUCCCAGGAAUGCCUGAAAAUACCUCAUAAACACACAAACUUAGUUACUCUCUAUUGUUUCCCUGGGCUUUAGGAGGUAGAGCUGCUUUACAAAGCUACAAUUAACAUUUACUACUAAUUUCUUCUUCCACAUUUUA